AAUGCAAAAUGAUAGUUAAAAGCAGUUCAUCAUUGAAAUCAGUGAUGACAUCUCUGUUCAGUUAAAUAGUGUCUAAGAAAGAAUAAGAAAGUUCAUGGCUUCAUUGUAACCAAGAGAGCAGAAUAUGCUACAGUGAGGAAUAUAAAGAAAACUAGUACCUUCCUCCAGAACGACAGAUCGAACCCUGUUGAGGCCUCAGCUUGGCCUGAGAUGGAUCUGAAUGUUCAUGAACAAAAACCCAAGGAGGAUCUGAUUGCUUCUCCUAAACUUAAAUGGGAUCUGGUUGAUUCAGUGGAACUGUAUGCCCCGGGUCCAAGCAUUCUCAAGCCACGACAUGAAUGGGAUCUGGCUACUCCACUGGAUUUGGGUGCACCAAGUCCAAGCGUUCUUGAGCCAGAGGCUAAAGUUUUAUCUGAACUUUCAAGUUUGGAGAACUACGUCCCUUUAAACAUUCUUCAACUAGAGGAUCGUUUGAAGCAGUGUACACUGCUCAAACAAAGACAUGUCACCGAUGUCUGGCCCAGGGUCUUCAUCGGAGACGAAGAGACUGCAACAGACCGAGAUAUGCUGCAGGAGAUGUGCAUCACUCACAUUCUGAAUGCUGCAGCGCCCAAAAAGGACUUGAACUUCUUCUUGGGAACAUCUUAUGUUGAAGACAUAGAAGGAACAGUCAAUACAGGGUCUAGAUAUUACAGAGGCUUGCACAUCAAUUAUUACAGCUUGCCUACAACAGACAGACACUGUUCUGACAUCAGCAAGUGUUUCAUGUCAGCUGCAAAAUUCAUUGACAAGGCCGUGAAUAAGCCAGGGAGUAAGGUGUUGAUUUGCUGCAAACAGGGUGUCGACCACUCUGCGACUCUGUUUCUGGCAUAUCUGAUGAUCUGCCAUGACAUGAUGGUGGAGGAUGCCAUUGAUCACGUCAUAAAGUGGAGACGCAUCCAGCCCUCCAGAGACUUCCUGAAGAAGUUGAUGCUCCUCAAUGCUGAACUUGUGAACAAGCGAAAACUAAAGCUAGAGGACAUAAAGAAAGGCAAAAAGAGGAGAAAAUGGCAGCUUAAACAAAAGUGUAUAAAUAUCGAGAUAUAUUUAAUCUGUACAGACAGUGUGUAUCAGAUAACGUUACAGUUUAAUCUGACAUUACCAGAUAAGGAUUACUUAUCUAUCAGUAUGAGAACCACAGACACAAUGUCCACAGACAUGAGAGAGGUGCUUCUGGAGGUUUACGUCAACGACGCCUUCUACUUUGGUGACAGCUACUGGGCAUCAGAUGAUAAAGAUGUGCAGCUGGAGUUUGAGAUCACCGGUGACAUCUACGACCUUAUCAGCGGCAGUGCAUCUCGAGAGUUAGAUGUGCAGCUGGAGGUUGUGACAAUGGAUCAUGUCUCAGGCAGAUACUGCAGUCCAGGAGAGAUGCGUGUGCAGCUGGAGGUUAAUGGUAGAGACAACAUCUCAGUAUGUGAAGUGAAAGAUUUGCAGCUGGAGAUGAACAGGAACGACAGCAUCUCAGAGCUGAAGAGCCCUACGCUGGUCUCUGAAGAUCUGAGCGACCCAGCAGGACCUUCAAUGGAAGAGGCCAAUGAUCAGGGUGGCAUGGAUGCUAAGAACAGUCCAAUAGGACUCACUGUUGGGGAGAUGACCAAGAAAAUGUGGGCAAUCUUCCAGCAAAUUUGUGCAGUUUUCCUGACAAACACUCCAAAAACUGUUGGGCAACCUGAAGUGGAUCUUCUUGAUCUAAAGGAUCCAAGUGCUCCCAAGCCAGAACCUGAAUUGGAUCUGGUGGAUACUGAGCAAUUGUGUAUCCCUGAACCUGAAGUGGAUCUCGUUGUUCUUUCUGAACCUAAAAUGGAUCUGGUUGAUUUAGAGGAAUCAUGUGCCAGCCCAAAAGAAAGUACCAAAGCCAUGAAGAAUAAGAAAGUUCAUGGCUUCGUUGUAACCAAGAGAGCAGAAUAUGCUACAGUGAGGAAUAUGAAGAAAACUAGUACCUUCCUCAAGAACGACAGAUCUAACCCUGUUGAGGUCUCAGCAUGGCCUGAGAUGGACCUGAAUGUUUGUGAACAAAAACCUAAGGAGGACCUGGUUGCUUCUCCUAAACUUAAAUGGGAUCUGGUUGAUUCAGUGGAACUGUAUGCCCCGGGUCCAAGCAUUCUAAAACCACGACAUGAAUGGGAUCUGGCUACUCCACUGGAUUUGGGUGCACCAAGUCCAAGCGUUCUUGAGCCAGAGGCUAAAGUUUUAUCUGAACUUUCAAGUUUGGAGAACUACGUCCCUUUAAACAUUCUUCAACUAGAGGAUCGUUUGAAGCAGUGUACACUGCUCAAACAAAGACAUGUCACCGAUGUCUGGCCCAGGGUCUUCAUCGGAGACGAAGAGACUGCAACAGACCGAGAUAUGCUGCAGGAGAUGUGCAUCACUCACAUUCUGAAUGCUGCAGCGCCCAAAAAGGACUUGAACUACUUCUUGGGAACAUCUUAUGUUGAAGACAUAGAAGGAACAGUCAAUACAGGGUCUAGAUAUUACAGAGACUUGCACAUCAAUUAUUACAGCUUGCCUACAACAGACAGACACUGUUCUGACAUCAGCAAGUGUUUCAUGUCAGCUGCAAAAUUCAUUGACAAGGCCGUGAAUAAGCCAGGGAGUAAGGUGUUGAUUUGCUGCAAGCAGGGUGUCGACCACUCUGCGACUCUGUUUCUGGCAUAUCUGAUGAUCUGCCAUGACAUGAUGGUGGAGGAUGCCAUUGAUCACGUCAUAAAGUGGAGACGCAUCCAGCCCUCCAGAGACUUCCUGAAGAAGUUGAUGCUCCUCAAUGCUGAACUUGUGAACAAGCGAAAACUAAAGCUAGAGGACAUAAAGAAAGGCAAAAAGAGGAGAAAAUGGCAGCUUAAACAAAAGUGUAUAAAUAUACUAAAAGAUAUAAAAGAAAAUGUGCACAUAUAGAAAUGUCAAUAAAAUUAAUGGAUAAUGUCCUGAUAAUGAGCUGCUUUGUUUUGUAAUUUAUUUAUUUUUUACAAUACAAUGCAAAUGAAUAUCUGCACUGAUAGAAUCAAAAUAGAGCUCAGAUUUUUAAAAGAGAGAGAGAAAAACAGCACAGAUAAAUAUUUAUAAAAAAUAAAAAUAUUGGAAUUUAUAUUUUUUAUGUAUUUUAUUUAUGUACUUUAGGUACUUUAAUGAAUUCACUUGUUUUGAAUCAGUGAUAAGAAUCGUGUAUCAAACCAAUUCAAACGGCCAGAG